AAAAAAGAGGAGGAGGAGGAGGAGGAGGGUGAGAGAGAAGCUCGGAGAGCAGAGAAAAGGGGCCGCCGAUUGCCCCCCCGCUUUCCCGCACGCGCUCUCUAGCCGUGGCCGCCCGCCUGCCGCGGUUACCCCGGCCUAUCCCUCGGCCCCCUGUGAGCAGAUCCAGGCGCUGAGCGAGGCCCUGCCGGGGCGGCCAUGCGGCGGUGACAGGAGCUCGGCCGAGACGCUCGGGCCCCUCGCCCUCUCACCUCCUGCCCGCUCGCCAGCCCGCCUCAGCCCGAGGCUAUUCCACCGCGGCCGCAGUUCGCGCGCGGCCCAUACUCGCUUCCCUUCGGCUUCCCCUGGCCCCGGCGCUGCCUGGAGGCGGCUGCACUCGGCUCCUGGCAACCAUGAUUCUGCUUUCUGUCUCUAUGAAUUUGAUGAUUAUAGGGAUCAUGGCCCAAGUAGCAAUGUCUACCCUGCCCGUCGAAGACGAGGAGUCCUCGGAGAGCAGGAUGGUGGUGACGUUCCUCAUGUCUGCUCUUGAGUCCAUGUGUAAAGAACUGGCUAAGUCCAAGGCAGAAGUGGCCUGCAUCGCAGUGUAUGAAACAGACGUAUUUGUUGUUGGAACUGAGAGAGGACGUGCUUUUGUCAACACCAGAAAGGAUUUUCAGAAAGAUUUUGUAAAAUACUGUGUUGAAGAAGAAGAAAAGGCUGCAGAGAUGCAUAAGAUGAAAUCGACAACCCAGGCGAAUCGGAUGAGUGUAGAUGCUGUAGAGAUUGAAACACUCAGAAAAACAGUUGAGGACUAUUUCUGCUUUUGCUAUGGGAAAGCUUUAGGCAAAUCAACAGUGGUACCUGUUCCAUAUGAAAAGAUGCUACGAGAUCAGUCGGCUGUGGUGGUGCAGGGGCUUCCAGAAGGAGUAGCCUUUAAACACCCUGAAAACUAUGACCUUGCAACCCUGAAGUGGAUUUUGGAGAACAAAGCAGGGAUUUCGUUUAUCAUUAAGAGGCCUUUCCUAGAGCCAAAGAAGCUCCUAGGUGGUCGUGUGAUGGUAACAGAUGCUGAAAGGUCAAUGCUAUCUCCAGGUGGAAGUUGUGGCCCCAUCAAAGUGAAAACUGAACCCACAGAAGAGUCUGGCAUUUCUCUGGAAAUGGCAGCUGUGACAGUAAAGGAAGAAUCAGAAGAUCCUGAUUACUAUCAAUAUAAUGUUCAAGCAGGCCCUUCUGAAACUGAUGAUGUUGAUGACAAACUCCCCCUUUCGAAGUCUUUGCAAGGAAGCCAUCAUUCUUCAGAGGGCAACGAAGGAACAGAAAUGGAAGUACCAGCAGAAGAUUCUACUCAACAUGUCCCUUCAGAAACAAGUGAGGACCCCGAAGUUGAGGUGACUAUUGAAGAUGAUGAUUAUUCUCCACCGACCAAGAGACCAAAGAGCAAUGAGCCUCCUCAGCCGCCAGUCACAGAACCUGCCAAUGCCGGCAAACGGAAAGUGAGGGAGUUCAACUUCGAGAAAUGGAAUGCUCGAAUUACUGACCUGCGUAAACAAGUUGAAGAGUUGUUUGAAAGAAAGUAUGCUCAAGCUAUAAAAGCCAAAGGUCCUGUGACGAUCCCGUACCCUCUUUUCCAGUCCCAUGUGGAAGAUCUUUAUGUAGAAGGACUUCCAGAGGGAAUCCCUUUUAGAAGGCCAUCUACUUAUGGAAUUCCUCGCCUUGAGAGGAUAUUACUUGCAAAGGAAAGGAUUCGUUUUGUGAUUAAGAAACAUGAACUUUUGAAUUCAACACGUGAAGACUUACAGCUUGAUAAACCAGCUUCAGGAGUAAAGGAAGAGUGGUAUGCCAGAAUCACUAAGUUACGAAAGAUGGUAGAUCAGCUCUUCUGCAAAAAAUUUGCUGAAGCCUUGGGGAGCACCGAAGCCAAGGCUGUACCCUACCAGAAAUUUGAAGCACAUCCUAAUGAUCUCUAUGUGGAAGGACUACCAGAAAACAUUCCUUUUAGAAGUCCCUCGUGGUAUGGAAUCCCAAGGCUGGAAAAAAUUAUUCAAGUGGGCAAUCGAAUUAAAUUUGUUAUUAAAAGACCAGAACUUCUGACUCACAGCACUACUGAAGUUACUCAGCCAAGAACGAAUACACCAGUCAAAGAAGAUUGGAACGUCAGAAUUACCAAGCUGCGGAAGCAAGUGGAAGAGAUUUUUAAUUUGAAAUUUGCUCAAGCUCUUGGACUCACAGAGGCAGUAAAAGUGCCGUACCCGGUGUUUGAAUCAAACCCCGAGUUCCUUUAUGUAGAAGGCUUGCCAGAAGGGAUUCCCUUUCGAAGCCCUACCUGGUUCGGAAUUCCACGACUUGAAAGAAUUGUUCGUGGAAGUAAUAAAAUCAAGUUUGUUGUUAAAAAACCUGAACUAGUUAUUUCCUACUUGCCUCCUGGAAUGGCUAGUAAAAUAAACACUAAAGCUUUGCAGUCCCCGAAAAGACCACGAAGCCCUGGGAGUAAUUCAAAAGUUCCUGAAAUUGAGGUCACUGUGGAAGGCCCUAAUAACAGCAACCCUCAAACUUCAGCUGUUCGAACUCCUACCCAGACUAAUGGUUCUAAUGUUCCCUUCAAGCCUCGAGGGAGAGAGUUUUCCUUUGAGGCCUGGAAUGCCAAAAUCACUGACCUAAAACAGAAAGUUGAAAAUCUUUUCAAUGAAAAAUGCGGUGAAGCUCUUGGCCUUAAACAAGCUGUGAAAGUGCCGUUUGCGUUAUUUGAGUCUUUCCCAGAAGACUUUUACGUGGAAGGCUUGCCCGAGGGCGUGCCAUUCCGGCGACCGUCUACUUUCGGCAUUCCAAGGCUGGAGAAGAUACUCAGAAACAAAGCCAAAAUUAAGUUCAUCAUUAAAAAGCCCGAAAUGUUUGAGACGGCAAUUAAGGAGAGCACCUCCUCCUCUAAGAGCCCUCCAAGAAAAAUAAACUCAUCGCCCAAUGUUAAUACUACUGCAUCAGGUGUUGAAGACCUUAACAUCAUUCAGGUGACAAUUCCAGAUGAUGAUAAUGAAAGGCUGUCCAAGGUUGAAAAAGCCAGACAGCUGCGGGAGCAAGUUAAUGACCUCUUCAGUCGAAAAUUUGGUGAAGCCAUUGGUAUGGGUUUUCCUGUGAAAGUUCCCUACAGGAAAAUCACAAUUAACCCUGGCUGUGUGGUGGUUGAUGGCAUGCCUCCCGGAGUGUCAUUCAAAGCCCCCAGCUAUCUGGAAAUCAGCUCCAUGAGAAGGAUCUUAGAUUCUGCUGAGUUCAUUAAAUUCACAGUUAUUAGACCAUUUCCAGGACUUGUGAUUAACAACCAGUUGGUUGAUCAGAGUGAGUCAGAAGGCCCAGUGAUCCAAGAAUCAGCUGAGCCAAGCCAGUUGGAAGUUCCUGCAACAGAAGAAAUAAAAGAGACUGAUGGAAGCUCUCAAAUCAAGCAAGAACCAGACCCUACGUGGUAGACCUCUUCCCUCCUAGGCUUAAAGUAUCAGUGGGUGAGAAGAGCUUUUCGGACCUGUUACUGCCCCAAGCUGUGUAAUAUACUUGUAUAACAGAAAUACCUUCUAUACAAACCUUUUUUUCUACUUUUAGAUAGAAAUGUCUACUUUUUCAGCAGUUCUGUGAAUUGAAUUAAAGAGCAGAGUGACUGUAGAUUUGGAAUGGCUGGUUUCCUUUGGAAUGUAUUAUAAGGAUUUUACAGCAGUGCUGGAAAAAUGACAGGGAAAAUGACAGGGAUGAAUCUCAUCAGAUUUUUUAUGUAUGCAGCAGAGCCUUCGGCUAUGGUGUUUAUUUUCCAAUCAAGUGAAGAUAGCUCCUACUGGAACAUCUCAGCUUCUGCAGUGAAGAAAACACCUUGAUAGUUCAGUUCUUUAGUUUUUCUAUUUGGAAAAUCACUUAAAUGAUCCUUUUGUUCACGGCUCUCCUUAAUGACUGAGUGAACAGUUAGUAUAUCUGUAUAUUUGACUAAACCUUUUCCUAAGCUCUCAAUCAUGGUUCAUAUGUUUUUUAUCAUAAUUAAAAACCAACCAUCUGGAUCACCUAACAGCCAGUACGAGGUCAGUAUCUCAGCGUGUGGCUUAUAGAUGGAAUACAGAGAACCUCUACCAUCCACAUUUACUUUUCAUCUAAAUAAAAUGCAUGGUGUACCGGAAGCUUCAGAUCAGGUAUGAGUGUUCGGGCACGCUGAAUGACACUAAGCCUCCCUACCAUGUCACCCACCGUGGUGUGGCAUCCUUUGGAACACUACUCCAGCUUGGAUCAGAAACUCAAGGGGGUCUCGUUGCCUUCAUUACUUCACAGUUUUACUUGUAACACGGAGGCUGCAGCGUGGGGAGUGAGGGGUCAGUAAGCUGAUGAGGCAGCCUCUGGUAAUCUGCACCAUCUGUAGGGGAAUCUUACAUGUGUUGAGACGUCACAGACAGGAAGAGUUGUAAAAUACCAGCUAUAAGAAAAGCUAGAGUAUGUGACAGCAUAGAGUUUUCGUUAGCUUUAUCACAAUAUUCACAAUGGAGAAUUAUAUUACAUGGUAGCAGAAAUAGGCAUUUUUAUGUGUUGCUUAUAUUUUACCUCAAAUUAAAUUGUAGAUAUAGGGUAAUAAAUAAAAUCCAUCCAUGCCUUUCA